AUGCAGUAUCGCAUGUUUUUCCGGCGACCUAAGAAUAAAAAAUAUAUCUUCAAAUAUGUGGUUCUGGCGUUUCUCACGCUGUUAGUUCUUUUUCUCAUCUUAACUCUUCUCACGACGGACCGUUCUGUCUCAGUGGCUGUCGUUUCUCCUUUAAAGCCAUGGGGCUACAAUAAGGAAAGAAACGUUCAGCGGAUAUCUGCCGUACGAAACAGUAUAUAUGAAGAUAUUUACAAGGGUAUUUUGUUACCAACGAAGACUUUUACAGUUGUGGACUAUGGAUCUGAUCAGGGAUACUUCUCUAUUAAUUUAGCUGUGAUGUUUCCAAAUGCACAUGUGAUGUCCGUAGAAUUGGGAGGUGUUGGUGGGGAAAUAUGGAAGAAACGCGGGGAUGUACUUGUAUUGCAGGAUAAACUGAUUAACGAACACGAUGUUGGGAAACGGGUACAAAUCUGUCAAACAAUGAUAGUUCCUAAUCACUUUACACUAUUAAAUAAUGCCGGUUUAGGUGUGGAUUAUCAACUUGUGCUUAGUGUUUUUCACUGGUUUGAUCUAAAAGAUAAAGUGUCAUUUCAAAAGGUAUUGGUCUCUUUGCUCCAGAAUGCCAAUAUCGCCACCUUUAUUGAACUUCCAGUACUCGGCGAUGACUCUGCGAUGAUUAGAAAACAAGUGGGAUAUCAAAAUUUCAAGAAAUGGUACGAAGGCACAGGUGGAAAUAUCGGAAAAGUUAUUGAGGAAGCACUAUUGACUCACAAUCUCACUGCACGUAUUGUUUCUAUAGCAAAGGUACCAUGGAUUAAUUGGUACCGCGAGCUCUAUCGUGUGGAGCUGCUUGAUGUUAAUAGCAGAAAAAAUCUCCCAUUUAACUGUGAGAAGAGGCGUGAAAUAUAUGGAUGUAAAAAACGUACCGUACAUGAUAAAUGUACCACAUAG